GUGACGUUCUGGCCCCACCCCCUGCUUGUGUGCGGCCAGUACCGGAAGUUCCGUUCCGUCGCGAACUGGGACAGCAAAGCGUACCUCUCACAGUGUAUGUGUGGCAACAACAUGUCUGUGCCGCUGCUCGCCGAGGCUGUGACAGUGUCUGGGAUGGAAAAGGAGACUGCGGCGGUGAUCUUCCUUCAUGGGUUAGGAGAUUCAGGGCAUGGGUGGGCCGACACUUUGACGGGGAUCCAGCUGCCUCACGUCAAGUUCAUCUGCCCCCACGCGCCCCCGAUUCCCGUCACUCUCAACAUGAAUGCGAUGAUGCCAGCGUGGUUUGAUCUAAAGGGUCUCAGUCCUGACUCCCCAGAGGAUGAAUCUGGAAUCAAGAAGGCAGCAGACAACAUCAAGGCCAUAAUCGAACAUGAGGUGAAAAAUGGGAUCCCCCCACACCGCAUAAUGCUCGGUGGCUUCUCUCAGGGUGGAGCCUUGUCCCUGUACACCGCCCUGACCUGCCAGCAUCAGCUGGCCGGCGUCGUGGCCCUCAGCUGCUGGCUGCCCCUCCACAGGAGUUUCCCAUCGGCUUCCAGCGGCAACAAGAACAUCCCCAUCCUGCAGUGCCACGGUGAGAUGGACAGCAUGAUCCCAGUGAAGUUUGGUGGCAUGACAGCAGAGAAACUCAAAACCAUAGUCAACCCUCAGAUGAUCACCUUCAAAACCUACCCAGGGCUCUCUCACAGCUCCUGCUCUCAGGAGAUGGCGACUGUAAAGGAAUUUAUCGAGAAGUAUAUGCCCCGAAUCUGACCUCACCUCACCCCCACUGUGACCCUCUGAGACACUGACCUCUCACGCCUGAUCCGCCAUUCUCCCACAGGAAACAGCCAUGAGCAUCCCCUCUUCCACACACAUCAGCAAGAUGACAAACCCGCACACACACCUUUAAUAAUGAUAAUGAUUUGAUCCACACUGCUACACAUAACAUACUUCGGUCCAAUGCAGUCCUUCAGACACUCAAACUGAAACCGCACUGAUUUAUUCUAACAUUAAGAAGUGCUAACACUCACAAGUCUUAGCGUUUCGGAGGGAGAAUACUAAACUAAACUAAAUGAUGCAUUCCCUUUGGUUUUAUUUUAACCACUUCUGUCAGUGGCUUCCACACUAUAUCAUUUUACCUCAUCUUAACCUCCAGCUGUCACAUCCACUUUUGCUUUCACUCUUUCGUUGCUGCAAUUUUUGAGACAUUGAGUCACAUAAGCAGGUUAACAGCUACAUGAUUCUGUGAGCCACCAUUCAAAGGCGCAGUCAGACCGGAUUUCACUUCCCAAUCAUUUCCACGUGGAAUGGGAUGUAACACAUUUGCUCCUAGUCAGGAAUUGACCUUAUUUCUCUGGUUCAAUCAGAUUGAACAUGUAAAAUAGUAUCUGUCCAAUGCACACGUUUAGGAAAAGGGGGGUUGAAUUUCUAGAAGAAAUGUGGUAAAUGCAUGGUCAAAUACUACAAUCAGAGCCUAGACACACAAAGCUAAAACACAUUUAAUGUUUGAUAAAAUCCUGCACAGGCUUUUUCCUGUCCCCUCCUACAUUUCUUUGCUAAAUUACACAACUAAAUUUGGCAAGAUUAAAUAAAUUCAUCCACGUGAAAUUCUGUCCAACUGCGGCUUUGCCUCAAUGCCACUGUCCCACUGAAUCUGGUUUCCAUCCCACCACACAAAUUCCAAACCGCAGCCUGUCCGAGACUUGCAUCACUAACUGCCUAUGGAGGCCCCUCUUGACUAAUCUUUAACAAUCAUACACGAGGGCUUUACAUUUCUUUCUUUUUUUAAACGAGUGUAAUAAAAUAUCUUGAAGUACAUGAAGAAAUAAUCCAAUUGAAAUAAAACCAAUCAAUCCAUGCUUUUGCCACACUGCUGUUUAUUUCAAAAACAUCCACACCUGCAUGUUAACCUAUUUCUGCUUUCUGUGAUUCUUUUAGUAAAAUUGCCUCAGUUGAUUUAAAAAAUACAUAAGAUUGUAGGUAUGAGUUGCAUGAAAUAAAACCGCCCCCCAGAUGUUUGCAGGCCGGCAUAGACUGCUCACCAUGACUCGUUUCCUUGUCCCUAAAACACACACACUUUUUCCUCAAACAUUCUCCCCAUUCAAGUGUUCCUGUUCCAGCAUUUUCCACCCUCCUCUUCAUCAGUCCCAGUGGAUUUUCAGUGUUUGUUUUGUGUUUAAAACUCCAGAAAAACCUGUUAACUAAAAAAACUUCUUCCACAACACCAUAGCAGUCCAGAGUUUUAAACCGUACACCAUUCACCCCCAAGAAAAUGUAAGAAAAUAUAAACUUUCUCGCUCCCUGCUUCGGCAACAUACUGUAACCCACUAAUAUCCCAUAUAAGGUCAGAUUUAAAGUUAAUCCCAAUCCUAUUAAAGUUAACUUCUUAAAAAUAAAAUGGCUAUACACCGGGAGACUUGGCAAGAAGCUGUUCCAAUACUACUGUAGGGUGAUUUUAAAAAUGAAAAACAGUUAACUUUGAACAUAGGAGUGUAACUGAGGAAUCGUGUGUGCUUAAACAUAUAUAUAUAUAUGUAUAUGUAUAUAUAUAUAUAUAUAUAUAUAUAUGUAUAUGUAUAUGUAUCAGGUGUUCUGCAUUUUCCUUUGUGAAUGGUUAUUUUGCUCUCCUCAUGAUUACUUGUUCUUUGUUGCUGUUUUUUACCCUGACUUAACAAAAAGAAAAGGAGGAAAGACAUCUGUUUGAUUGUUGUUGUUGAAUCAGUGAAUGUCUCUUACCUCCACGAAUCCUUUGAUGUUUUCCUACAACUCUGAAUCUGAUGCAGCCCUGCCUUCAUUCCGUGUCUGUCUUUAGUUUCUUUUCUUUAACACCAACUUUUUUUAAAUUCUUACACUUCCCCUCUGCGAAAAGGUCUUGUGUGUUUUCUCCUGGGUUGUAUGUUGUCAUUGGAUUUUACUUUUUGUUUUUUGUUGUUUAUUGGACUUGUGUUUUGUUGCGUUUUGUCAUGUUGUCAUCUCAUCCUUUGUUUGUUUUUAAAUAUAAGCAUUAAAUAAACAUGUUUAGGUGAGACUGAGUGGUCUCAAGUUUUUUCUUUUCUUUUUUCGAAACACCUGUAUGCGGAAUAAAUGACAAAAAAAUGA